CAAUCCCGUUGGAUUUCCUAGCCGUUCCGUGCGUGUCUGAUGCACCAGAGAUCGAUUAGCGGAAAGUGCGUUUCGUUCUACCCCUUCAACCUGAAAAUUCCGCACGUCGGACGGGCGGUGGUGAUUGCGUUUUCGACUCCCAAAAUCGCGGAUCGCUCGAGGGGUGUGUGCGCGAACGAUUGUGUGAAAAAGUAAGAUUCAUUGUGCUCUGUGUUGUGCUGUGCUGUGCUGUGGAGCGAAAAUUAGUGUUCUUUCCGUUCCCAUCGCGAAACGCCCUUGAAUCGAGUCGUGACCGUGCGUGGAAGCCUUACAACAAGCGAAAGAGCAAAUGGUGAGGCAUUUCGUCCAGUGCCGUCGUCGUUCUGGUUCCUUCUUGCUUCGACGACGACAGUCAUCGUGAAGGACGUCGAAAGUGUUGUUGUGUAGUGCUGCGUGAUUGUUCCGUUCCGUGCCAGAGCGGACGGAUUCAGUCGAAGCUGGUGGGUGGGGUGGUGCAAAGCGAGCGAGUGAAGAUUGGUGGCCGCAGCAGCAGCAGUAGCAGGGAAAGCAUACACAAUGUCAAUAACGGGAAACUAUGAUCACUACCAUCGGAGCGGAAGCACUGGCAGCGGUGGCCCGGAUCGGCCGGAACGGUGCGCUUGCUGUGUCCGGACGAUGAAGUGGUUCCCGGUGCUGUUCAUCGUGUCGGUCAUUGGGUGGUCCUACUAUGCCUUCGUAGUGCAGCUUUCCUUUUUCACUGUGACCAGCGUCGUGCAGAGGAUACUGUUUCUGCUGUUCUACCAUCUGAUAUUGAUCAUGUUCCUGUGGUCCUACUACCAGACCGUGUUCACCGACAUUGGCCGAGUGCCGUCCCGGUUUCGCGUGCCGCGCUCGGAGCUGGACCGAUUACUGCGGGCCACCAGCGAGGAAGAGCAGAAGCAGAUCCUCGAAGCCUUUGCCAAGGAGUUGCCGAUCGUGACGCGUACCCUCAAUGCGUCGGUUCGCUUCUGCGAAAAGUGUCGCCUGAUCAAACCGGACCGGGCCCAUCACUGUAGCGUUUGCGGCGUGUGCGUACUCAAGCUGGACCAUCACUGCCCGUGGGUGAACAACUGCAUCAACUUCACCAACUACAAGUACUUCAUCCUGUUCCUCGGGUACGCACUACUGUACUGUUUGUACAUUGCCUUCACGACGGUCAUGUACAUGGAACUGAUCUGGAGUGUGAGUGGAAGAGAAGGCAAGGUCGACGGCCGGUUCCAUAUUUUGUUCCUGUUCUUCGUUUCGCUGAUGUUUGCCAUCAGUUUAGUGAGCCUGUUCGGGUACCAUUGCUAUCUGGUGCUGCUCAAUAGGACCACAUUAGAAUCAUUCCGUACGCCGAUAUUCCGGUACGGUGGGCCGGACAAGAACGGUUUCAGUCUAGGGAAACUUAAUAAUUUCCAGGAAGUGUUCGGUGACGACCGAAAGUUGUGGUUCGUGCCGGUAUACACUAGCGUCGGCGACGGAGUGUCCUAUCCGGUUCGCUGUUUCGACGAGGACGCCGAAUCGUUGCUCAGUGGUGAAAUGGCGAGCGGCCAUCACCUGCAUCAUCCGAGUCGUCAGCAUCGCAAUGGGCAUCGUGUGGGCGGCCGUCACAACGAUUACGACGGCGAGGUGCAUCACCACCAGUAUCGCAACGGUUCUGCGGUUCAUAGUAGUAAACGCGACCCGCUCGUACACCGCGUCAGCGACAAUGACGAGGAUGACGACGAAGACGAGGAGAGCGUGUUCGAGACGACGGUUUUCAGCCAUUCCGCCAAUCUGCUGCACUGAGAUGCGGGCAUGUACGUACGGCAUACUGGCGAGAGUGCAAUAGGGGGCGAUAAUGUGAUCUAAGGUGAGCUAUUCCUAAGUAAGUACUUAGAGAUUAAUGUGUAUUCGACCGUCGUCGGCUAGACCGUUGGUUGGCGCGAAAUUUAGUAAUUUUAAAACGUUACGUAAACAGUCAGUCAAGCUAAUUUUGUUGUGAUUUUUGCAAUUCCUCACAUUCCUGUUUUAUAUGUUAACGUUCAUUUUUUAAUAUUUUAGUUUUAUUUUAGAAUUUUAAGAAAUAAGUUACAACUAUCCUCAGGCGCACGACUGAGAAUGAAGUUUGAGCAUUCCGUUUUGAUACCCAAGGUACCUCUACCAAGAUGCAUUUUAAUUUUACCGUAAAAUGAGUAUUUUUUGCUGGAAACCAAUCAAUAUGACAUAUAAAGACAUUAACUUCAUCUUUCUAGUAAUAAUUCGUAACUAGAAUAGACUCUUCCUAGUGUUCGAUGAACACUUCAACUGUUAGUUACGAAGGGCUUCUUUACCAAGCAUUGAUAAAUAGACAAUAAGCAUUGUCAAUUUAUGUAUCAAAAAGAACGAAGACAUUUGGAAAUCGGGGAAAAACGGCCCACUGUAAUAUGCAUCUCCCUUAUGAGAGUUUUGAUGCAAUAUUGUCGCACUAUAGUAAUGUAAUAUUGUUGCACUAAUCGAUAGCAUUUUUUUCCUCUCUCAUUUAUAUCUAAAACUUGGUGACAUAAUUAAAUUAAUUAAUUAUCGAUUUUUGCGGCUUAACCAGCCGAAUGGAAGUUUUACUUUAUUCCAAAAGCUAGACUUUACAUAUACUGGCGUGAGUGAGAAAUGGACAAAUUGAGGUGAAAUUUGCGAAAAAGUUACUCGUCCUCUCGGUGAGACUCGAACUCACGACUCCUACUCACUAGAAAACUUGGUGCACCACAAGCUAAUGAAUUGCACAAGUUUAAUUUGCUUAGAACAAAAAAAAAAAAACAAAUUUUAACAUCAAUGUUUUCUAAAAUUUAUAUACCUAUUUGCUUCAACGACGUUAACUUAUGAACUAAUAUAUAAUGUAUGUCAAUCAGAGGAAAAAAAAUUGAGCUUUAGUGUACUAGCAGAAGAGACAUUUUCAUGCGUUUCAUGGUUAAAAUCGAGUCAUUCUUUAUGGGGCACGUGUUACCUGAUAUCCUCUAUACUAUAUUCAUACAGAGAAGUCAGAAAACCCUGUACAACACUGGGAAUCUAACUCAGACGCUCUUAACACACUGCGGUUCCAGCAAAAAAUACUCCAUUCCAUAAAUACAUAGAAGAAACUGUACAAUCCGAGAUUAAUUUUCGAUUCUUUGUGUUUGCUAAAAGCAAUACACGACAGCAAUAAGCUAAGUAUUCCCGUUUAACCACAGAAGAGCAAAGUAAACCGAACAAACAGACUGAACAAACUUUUUGUAGAACCCAUUAUGCAACAAACCUUUACGACCCUGUCAGAAGGAUAAAAAUGGCGCCGACUAAACCCAAUGAGAGACUGUAGAUCGGUAACUGAGAAAAAAAAAGUUAAACAUAAACGAGGGAGGGAAGGAAAUAAUCAAUUCACCAAGCAAACGUAUUCGUUAAGAAUGUUUAGAGGAUAAUGGAGACGAUUUUACGUGGACGUUUUUGUUGCAAUGAAAACAUUAGGCGUUACAUAAAAUGGAACACAACCGUGAUAGGGUGAUUUAUAGAGCAAACUACCGUAGUAUUAAUUUAAUUUAGUGAAGUAACGAGACAUUAAACGUUUUGAAAAGAACUAAGAA